GCAAUCCCUGUCCAGCAGAGGUUAAAAGGCCACUUUGCCGCAGGGGUCAGGACCUUGCCUUUUUCGGCUGAAUACUUGGUUGAAAUCAACAAAGUCUUACUGGCCAUGGCUGAUGUUGAACUGCUACUGAAUGCACCAGAGCUAAAUACUGGUAUCUAUGAGGAUUUUUCAACUCAAGAAGAUGCACUGAAGAACAUAAAAGAUAUUUUGGAUAAACUUGGGGAUCAAAUUGCGGUCAUACAUGAGAAGCAGCCUGAUGUUAUAUUAGAAGCAUCUGGACCUGAGGCGAUACAAAUAGGAGAUGCACUAACCCAGUUGAAUGCGGAAUGGGAUAGAAUUAAUAGAAUGUACAAUGAUCGUAAGUGUUGCUUUGAUAGAGCGAUUGAGGUGUGGAGUCAGUUCCACUGUGAUCUCAAUGACCUCUCCCACUGGAUAACGGAAGCUGAAGUGUUAUUAGCCGAUGCCCGUGGUCCAGAUGGCAGCCUGGAGCUGCAGACAGCUGGACUGCACCAGCAGGAACUUGAAGAGGGAGUCAGCAGCCAUCAGACCAGUGUUUCAGCAUUGAACAGAACUGGCGAAGGGAUCAUACAGAAACUGUCUGCUACAGACGGGAGCUUCCUGCAGGAGAAGCUGGCGGGAUUGAAUAGGCGUUGGAAAGCAAUCGCCGCGGAGGUCAUGGAUAGACAACUGAGGCUAAAAGGAGAGAAUCAGCAGCUGAUAGAGUACAGAAAGAAGCUUGAUGAGCUGCGUUGCUGGUUGGAAAACGUAGAAAAUGCUCUGGACACAAGAUUUACAUUCAACCAUGAAGAAAACUUGCGAGAAUUACAGGUCUUAAGUGAUGAGAUGGAAUUACAGGGAGACAAGCUGGAAUGGCUGAACAGAACUGAAACUGAAGUGCUUUUGGAUAAAAAUGUUGAUCUUCAAGAAAAAGACAAACUUUCUGAUUGCCUGCAGUCCCUCAAUGUGAGGUGGAAUAAGGUGUUCAGAGAGGUGCCUGACAGAGUGAGAGAAUUGGAGGCAUUUGUUGGGCAGCGUCAUCUUGUUACACAGACAAAGCCUUCUGAUGUCCAAAAGGUGGUGCUAGUAUCUUCUUCAUUGGAAAUUCCUGUUAAGACUCAGCAGGCUUUGGAACUUUCUGCACCUGCUGAUCUGGAUAAAACUACAACUGAGCUGGCUGACUGGCUGGUAUUGAUUGACCAGAUGCUCAAGUCAAACAUAGUCACCGUGGGAAAUACUGAAGAGAUCAAUCGGACUAUUGCACGAAUGAAAAUAACAAAGGCAGAUUUGGACCAGCGGCACCCUCAGCUAGAUUCUGUUUUUACAUUGGCUCAGAAUUUGAAAAAUAAAACUUCCAGUUCAGACAUUAGGACAGUGAUCACAGAAAAACUGGAGAAGGUGAAGAACCAGUGGGACAACACCCAGCAUGGCGUGGAGGUGCGGCAGCAGCAGCUGAAGUACAUGCUGGCGGACAGUGUGCAGUGGGAUGAGCAGAGGCAAGAAAUGGAGCACCUCAUGGAGCAGUGUGAGAUCCGUCUGCGUAUGCUCCUGCAGGCCCCGAAAGAGAUGCUUGCCAAACAGGUUUCAGACAACAAACUGCUAAUACAGGAUUUGCAUAGAGGUGACAUCACGGUAGCUGCAUUCAACGAUCUCUCUAAUAAACUUCUUCGAGAGUAUCGUGAUGAUGACACAAGGAGGGUGAAGGAAACUACUGACCAAAUGAACACUUGUUGGGUUAAUCUGAACCAAAGAGCUGUUGACAGGCAGAAUUUCUUGGAGACAGAGCUGAAGACAGUACAGGCCUCACACAAAGAUCUGGAGAGCUUCCUCAAGUGGCUUCAAGAGGCAGAGACAACAGUUAAUGUUCUAGCAGAUGCAUCCCAGCGUGAGAACACUACUCAGGACAGUGCCUGCAUAAGGGAACUUCGAAAGCAGAUGCAG